AUGCAUUUUUACGUUUUAUAUAACCUCGUAGAGGCUGAGACGGCCGUCUUCUGGGACGUCGGCAGUUGCCCUAUACCUAGAGGUGUCCAUCUUGAUACGGUUUAUGAGAACAUCAGAUCAGCUCUUGCGAAUCAGGGUUAUCGUGGUAAUGUAACAAUUGGGGCUUUUGGUGCGAGGAACAAGAUCCGCGACGACUUUUUCGACGCUGGAAUCAUCUUCAUACCCGCAGAAGAAGAAGAUGAACGUGACAGAGUUGAUCAGAUUAUGGAAGACGUUUAUAUGUGGGCAAUUGAUAUCGAUCAUCGUAGUAAACCAUCAAAUUUGUUGAUAAUCUCAGGAGACAUCUCAGAUGACUUGGUGACUCACGCAGAACGUAGUAGCCAUUUGAAAUGCGAAAACCACAACGUUCUCAUAGCUCAGCGUAAAAAACCAUCAGAAACCCUACUUAACCAUGUAAGUUUUGUAUGGCUUCGGGAAAGCCUAUUAGCUGGAGGACCCCCACAUGACCACUCACAAGUUGACCGCUCACAAGUAGACACGGUCGUGUUUUGGGACGUGAUGGAUUGUCCGGUAGCUAGUGAUAUCAAACCAAGUGUCAUUUGUGACAAUAUCAGAUCAGCUCUUAAGAACAUGGGUUAUCAUGGUGAUGUGUCAUUCAAAGCUUAUGGUCCGCUGGACAAAAUCGACUUUACCCCUCUCGCAACCCAUGUUUCAGCACAUCUUAGAACUAGUGUGAUGUUCCGGGACGUGCUUGAGUCCGCAAUGAAGAGUGAUAGCAAACCAUCGAACCUGAACCUGAUGAUACUCUCCAGAGACAUGUCAGAAGAAUCUGCGUACGGCAAGGCUUUCCACUUUUUGAGGUCGCUAAAUCACAAUGUUCUCCUAGCUCAUCCUCAGAUUGCACCACCCGGAUACCUAAUUGAAAAUGUGACUGCACGAUGGAUUUGGGAAACCCUAGCAUCUGGAGGAGCCCCCACGAGCUCACAAGUUUUCUCAAAACGUGUCAGCUCACGCUAUGAUGUCUCGCAAAGUAUUGCCAUAGCUGUCUUUUGGGACGUGUGGGGUUGUCAUGUCCCUGAUGGUCUUCAUCCUCGUUUGAUUCGUACGAAAAUCACCUCAGCGCUUAAGGAUAAUGGUUAUACUACUGGUAGAGUGUCAUUCACGGCAUAUGGUGAGAGGAACAGGAACUGGGAUGACUUCACCUCCGCAGGAAUCAUGGUUGUACCCGCAGGUAACAAACAUGCUAGAGCUACUCGGAUCUUUGACGAUGUUUUAACAUGGGCUAAAAAGCGACGUGAACCGUCAAAUGUGAUGAUAAUCGUCUCCAGCUACAUCUCACAAGACCCUGCGUUCGUCGUGGCUUUUGACGUUUUGAGGUCGCUAAACCACAAUGUUCUUUUAGCUCUGCCUCAAAGCUCAUCUGGAGAGUUACCUAUAACUGUCGCUGCGCAAUGGCUUUGGGAAACCCUAGCAGCUGGAGGACCCCCUGCCCUCUGGAGGAUUCCCAAUAAAAAAACAUCAUAA